CUUGUUUGUUUUUGUGAGGAAGAAGAAGAAGGCUAGCUCUCCCGCUAUGUGACGUAGCUAGCUAGCUUUGCCAACUCCAAACAACAAGCUCGUACUUUAGCUUACGCGUCUUUCGAAAACUUUGCCGUGUUAAGCUCACGUCACCGCCGGUGAAUCGCUCAGCUGUUCGCCUGGCCCGUACAACGGCUUCACACCAGGAAGCAAGCUAACAGCUAUCUAGCUCGGAAGAAUUGAACCCGUUCCCGGUGUCUCAAUGUGCGCCUUUUGACGUGUUGGACGUCGGCGUAGCUUUGCCAGCCGACUGUGCGUAGUUGUUAACCGACUGGAGCUUCGCGUCAAUGGCCAGCGCGGCUCCCUCUUCACCUUCCCCGCUCGCCGGAGCGGCCUCCGCGGAGAACGCGAGCCCCGGAUCCAGCAGCACGACCGCUGGCGACGGUAGCAACCAGGACAGUACAUUCGAGUGCAACAUUUGUCUCGACACCGCCAAGGAUGCCGUCAUCAGCCUGUGUGGACACCUCUUCUGCUGGCCUUGUUUGCACCAGUGGUUGGAGACGAGACCGAGCAGACAAGUGUGCCCGGUGUGUAAAGCCGGCAUCAGCAGGGACAAAGUCAUCCCGUUAUAUGGGCGCGGAAGCACCAGUCAGCAGGACCCCAGAGAGAAAACACCCCCGCGACCACAAGGCCAAAGGCCCGAGCCAGAAAACCGCGGCGGCUUCCAGGGUUUCGGCUUUGGGGACGGAGGUUUUCAGAUGUCCUUUGGAAUCGGCGCCUUCCCCUUUGGUAUUUUUGCCACCGCCUUUAACAUCAACGACGGCCGACCCCCUCCAGCCGCCCCGGGGACCCCGCAGCACACGGACGAACAGUUCCUGUCCCGACUCUUCCUCUUUGUGGCGCUGGUCAUCAUGUUUUGGCUCCUCAUUGCCUGAACCCAAGAUGGGAUUCAUUCGUAGAGACAAGAUAAGACUCUCUUCCUUUUUUAUAGGCAGCCCCCCGCGCCAGAUCCACAAAUGAGAGCCGACACGAGCGAUGGCCCCGAUGCAUUCACACCAAUAAUAAUGCAUAAACACAGGCGAGCGCGAGAGCCGAGUCGUUCCGUGACCCCUCCGGUCGCCUUUUGGGGGAUUCGGCACAUUUUGUUUUGUUAUUCGAUGGUGCUUGACACUAAGGAACUCUAUCAGGAGAAUGUUCACAUUGCUUGAUCUUGUGGCAGUUUUAACAUUUUUUAGUGGAGGGCGGGGGUGUCAUCAUUGUGUCGGAUAGAGUUCAAGAGAAUGUUCAACAUGCUUCAGUGAGUCCUUUUGACCCCUUUGCCGCGUUGUAAAUCCAAUGCGCCAUGAGGUUUGUCUCAUUUUGUCAACUCUUGAAAUCAAAAUGAAAUUCUAUUGUGAUCCAUUAAAAUGAUCGAUUUGAAA